AUGGCACCAAAGAGAAGAGCUACAAAGAGUGGAUCUGAUUCUAAGACCAAGAAAGUUAAAACAGUUAAAACAGCUAAACCUGUUGAUCCUAAUGAUAUUUUGUCAUUAGAAGAAAUAACAAAGUUGAGUAAAGAAAUCGAUGAUUCUUUGAAAUUUAACAAUUUCGUAAUAUUGUUAAACCAAUUAACAUUAGUCAAACAAAAGUUGCAAGACAAACAAGAUUCAGCAGUGGAAAAUUUUGGACGUCAAUUAUCCCUGUUGCUUUAUAAAAAUUUCAAUAAAGUUAAUGAUGAUUUAAACACUAAAAAAUCACAAGCCAAUGAAGACAAGAAAGUUAUCAUUAAGUGGGUUGCCGAUAAAUAUAGCACUUUUAAAUCUUUGAUUAACGAAUUCAUUGGUGAGAAAUUAUCUGAACCUACUUCUUUACAAUUAGAUUUAUUGGAUAUCAUGUUGAACUUUGUCAAAUUGGAAAGCAAACGUAAGUCAACAUCUAAAGAAAUUACUUUCCCAACAUUAACUUAUAGACUGGUUGUUGAAGCCUUAUUACAAAGUAAGAAUGGGGAAAUUCAGCAUGAUGGUACUACAAACAACUUUAUAAUUUUGGAGUUUAUUGAGAAAUUUUCUAAAUAUUGGGAUUUACAAUUUUAUUUCUUCAAUAAUUUAUCAGAUAUUUUACACCAAUGGAAAGAAGAAAAAUCUGAAACUGAAUUACAACUCAUCUUUGCAAAUUAUUUAACAAUCAUACGAAAUGGGUUAUUAUUCAAUGAGAAAACAUUAGAAGAUGAACCACUUUGGGUUAGUAAUGAUAAAGAUGUUAAAUUUCCGCAAGCUUUAUAUAAACAUAACCAAUUCAAAUCACAAUACCAAAAGGAUCUUAUUGAAAUGUUUUCAUAUCCUUUAUUACAAGUACAAUACAAGUCCGUUUUGUUAAUUUUACACAAGAGAAUUAUUCCAUACAUGGCUCAAGCACAAUCAUUAAUGGAUUUCUUAACAGACUGUUAUGAUAUUACUGAUGAUUUGAUUGUCCCUAUCCUUGCAUUGAACUCAUUAUAUGAAUUAAUGAAGAACUACAAUUUAGAAUACCCAGAUUUCUAUACAAAGUUAUAUUCUUUAUUGACGCCAGAAUUAUUAUACACCAAAUAUCGAUCUAGAUUUUUCCGUUUGUGUGACUUGUUUUUGACAUCCACCCAUUUGUCAGCUAGUUUGGUUGCUUCUUUCAUUAAGAAAUUAGCUAGAUUAUCUUCAGGUGCCAGUGCUUCUGGUGUUGUUAUUGUCAUUCCAUUCAUUUAUAACUUGUUAAAGAGACAUCCUACUUGUAUGAUUAUGUUGCAUAACACAGAUGUUGGAUCCAAUUACAAAGAUCCAUUCGACAAUACUGAAAAGAAUCCAUUGAAUACAAAAGCUAUUAACUCAUCAUUAUGGGAAUUGGAGACUUUAAUGAGCCAUUAUCAUCCAAAUAUUGCUACUUUGGCCAAAAUUUUCGGUGAACCAUUCAGAAAACCAAGUUAUAAUAUGGAAGACUUUUUAGAUUGGAGUUAUAACUCAUUGUUGCAAAGUGAAUAUGAAAGAAGAUUUAAAGAUAAAAAUUCUGCUUUAGAAUUUGAAGAGUUUGAUAAUGUUUUUGUAAAUGAUAAACUGGAGAACAAACCUGUAUUGAUGGAUGGUUGGUCUUUUGUAUAG